AUGCACGGCGAGUCACGUUCCCAGCUCGCUCAAGACGACGACGAGACACACAGUGAGGCGCUCAGCAAGGCGGACAACGGCUUUGACUCUGAUCACCCUUCUUCCCACCAAGACGAGUCUUUGAGCAGCCCCGAGCAAGAACCAAAGCUCGAAGCUCGACUACCGCCUAGCAAUGGAACUGGCGAUGUCGAGAGAAAUGCGGCAGCUGCAGGAUUCUCAAACGAUUCGAGGGGCAAACAAGAGGACGAGAGACAGGCCUUCCUGGUAAAAUGGGAGGAGGGCGAGAAGGGCAACCCGAGGAAUUUCAGCCCGGUACGAAAGGCCUUCCUCACCUUCCUCUUGGGCAUGUUGGCGCUGAGCGCGUCGUUGGGUUCGAGCAUUAUUGCUCAGGCGCAACCACAACUCGCGGAAUACUUGGGCAUCUCGGAGGAGAUUACAGUGUUCGCCGUGUCGCUGUACGUCCUUGGAUUCGUUUUUGGUCCACUUCUAUGGGCCCCGCUGAGCGAGCAGCAUGGGCGCAAAAUCAGCAUGCUGCCCGCUCUCCUUGGCCUGGGGCUCUUCAGCAUCGGCACGGCAGUCAGCAAGAAUGCCGCCUCGGUCUUUCUUACGCGCUUCUUCGCCGGCGUCUUUGGCAGCGCGCCUGUCUCUAACGUCUCUGCCGCCCUCGGCGACUUGUACGAGCCCAGGGCCAGAGGGAUCGCCGUGAGUUUCUACGCGGUGUGCACUGUCGGCGGCCCCACGCUGGGUCCCACCAUCGCUGCGGCCAUUCUCUCCGCGCCAGGCUUAGACUGGCGGUGGACCGAGUACGUCGAGGCCAUCUUCGUGUUUGGCAUUACGGUGAUAGCGUACUUCUUCAUGCCCGAAUUGUACGGCCCCGUACUACUACAGCGCAAAGCACGACGACUCCGCAAAGAGACGGGGGACAACCGAUACUGGCACCCUCACGAGUCCUCGACGAUGAACUUCAGCAACAUCCUCACAAAACACCUCAGCCGGCCGCUGCUGAUGUUGACCACCGAACCCAUCGUGACGUGCAUUGCCAUCUACGCCUCCUUCGUGUACGGCCUGCUCUACCUCGAGCUCGAAGUCUUCCCCAUUGUGUACCGGCAGCAGCGGCAGUGGGGCCUAGUCGUCUCGACACUGCCCUUCUUGGGCCUUUUUCUGGGGGUUUUCUUCGCGCUUAUCAUCAAUCUGGCCUUUCAACCAUACUACUCUCGCGCCGUGGCAAACAACAAUGGUCGCGCCGUUCCGGAAGCGCGUCUCCCACCUAUGAUCGUCGGCUCAACCUUCUUCGUCAUUGGCCUCUUUCUUUUCGCAUGGACAGGACCUCCACCAACUAAUCCGGCGCCAUCGAUCAUAGCAACAGUCUUCAUCGGAGCAGGACUGACCACGUCAACUCCCAGCUUCAACGUCAUCUUCCAGCAAUGCAUCAACUUCCUCGUCGACAGCUACGGCCUGCACGCCGCCAGCGCCGUCUCGGCCAACACCUUCUUACGCUCCUUCUUCGCUUUCGGGCUGCCUCUCGCCGCUAACCCCAUGUUCCACAACCUUGGCGUUGGGCCGGCGGGCAGCAUCCUCGGCGGUGUGGCGGUUUUGGCGUGGCCGGUGCCGUUGGUUUUCAUGAAGUAUGGACGCCGGCUGAGGGCGAGGAGUAAGAUGGCGCCGGAGGAGGAGUGA